AUGCUCACAGCAGUAACAAAUGCAACGGGAAAUUCGGCUGGUGCUAAACUGAGGUGCUUGUACACGAAUGCCCAAAGCCUCAUAUCGAAACUAGACGAACUAAAACUUUGCCUUGUUGAGCUGUCUCCAGAUGUUUUAGCAGUAACUGAGACCUGGCUGUCCGGGAAUAUUAGUGAUAACGAAGUAGCCUUGCCUGGAUACCAAAUUUAUCGGAGGGACAGGGAACAUCGUCAGGGUGGUGGUAUCGUUGUGUAUGUGAAUGAAGGUCUGGCAGUGUCGGAUCACACCACCAAGUUUGCGUGCAGUACGGAAGCUAUCUGGUUGACCAUCAAGGCUACCGGUUCCCCGUGUCUCGACGUCCUUACUGUCUACCGACCACCUAGGACAGAUCGAAUCGCCGACGCUCAACUAUUGGAGCAGUUGGAGAAAUUUUCCAGUCGACCUAACAUCAUGAUCAUGGGCGACUUCACCGCACCAGGAACAAACUGGAAUACCCUCCAAGCGUCAGGUCCAAAAUCGGCAUUCGAUUACCGCCUGUUGAGCAAGACAUUAAAUGCGUGCCUCACACAACAUGUCAUGUUCCCAACGAGAACACGUGAAGGACAAAGGGCAAACUGCCUGGAUCUGGUCCUUACGAAAACACCAGACAGCAUAGACGAGAUCGCCUCCAUGCCGCCCCUUGGCCGAAGUGACCACGUAGUGCUUAUGUGGGAUUAUUCGUUAUUCUCCAUUUCACACACUCCAGACCACAAAAGGCGUAAUGUUUGGCGGGGCGACUUCAAUCAGAUGAGGGCAGACUUAUCCGGUCUUGACUGGGGCUCAUUGUUUGCGGGAAGUGCCAACGAUGACUGGGAGCUGUUCAAGAAUGUCCUUCUGCAGCUCAUCAAUAACCACUGCCCACUGACAAGUGUAAGACUGAACAAACGCCCUGGGUGGCUAAAUAGCAACCGCAAGAAAGAAAUCAACUGGAAGUACAAAUUGUGGAGAAAAUACUGCGUCACUAGACAAGCUGAAUACUUCAACACCUACAAGACACAGAGGAACAAACUGAGGAAGCUGAUAAUGCAGACGCGGCGGGAAUUCGAGAAGAACUUGCUACAAAAAACAACGCAGAACCCAAAAUUGCUCUACAGCUACCUCCGACGAAAUACAAGGAACAGGCAUCAAAUCCCCUUGAUAAAGACUACUGAUGACGUUGAGAUCGCCGAUGGUAGGGAUAAAGCUGCGUAUUUUUCACGGUUUUUUCAAUCAGUCUACACAAACGAGGCAAGGUUCCUUCCUCCCUCCACAGAAGAACUGCCGACUCCAAGCGUCAGUGAUAUACUCUUCUCAGAAGGCAUUGUCCGAAGAGAAUUAGAGGCAUUGAACGAAUCGAAGUCGCCAGGACCAGACGAGAUUCCAUCCAAGCUUCUGAAGAAACUUGCCCGUGAGCUCUCUUUGCCUUUGUCGAUGCUCUUUCAAACGUCAUUUGACACUGGAACACUUCCUAUCGAUUGGAAGCUGGCGCAUAUUACUCCGCUACACAAAGGAGGUAACAGGGCGGCGACGACAAAUUACCGGCCCAUAAGCUUGACAUGCAUUAUCUGCAAAGUUAUGGAAAGGAUCAUAAAGUGUGAACUAAUGCAAUUCCUGGAAGUUCACGGCCUGCUAUCGAAAUGCCAAUAUGGGUUCCGAGCAGGAAGAUCCUGCACGACAAACCUGCUGCAAUCUCUCCAGAGCUGGACCCGAGCUCUCGACGACAGGCACGCGGUCCACAUAACCUUCAUCGACUUCCAGAAGACUUUCGACACUGUGCCACACCAAAGGCUCUUACAUAAGCUGAAAAAUAUAGGGAUCGGUGGCAACUUCCAUAAAUGGAUCGAAAACUUCCUUGUGGGUCGACAGCAGGUUGUGUGCGUCGGUCGGGGAAAAUCAGAUCCGGCUAUGGUCGAUAGUGGUGUCUCCCAGGGUUCAGUACUGGGACCCAUUUUGUUCCUUAUCUACGUGGACGAUGCCACAAGAACUGUAGACUGCGAAGUAGCAAUGUUUGCGGAUGACAUGAAGAUAUGGAGUGUAAUUCGGGGUCCUGCCGAUGAAGACAGACUGCAGAUGAACCUGAAUCGGUUGGAGCAGUGGUCAAACCGUUGGCUCCUGCGGUUCAACGUUGCCAAAUGUAGCAUACUUCGCCUAGGCAACACAGCCAGAUCCGCCAGCACAAGAGGCUACUUUCUGGGCGGUGCAGCCCUACAAGAGGUCGAAGCCCAAAAGGACCUCGGUGUGCUGACGACGAGUUCCCUAAAGCCAUCCGCCCAUUUUUCGAGAGUGGGAAAAAACGCAAUGUCCGUACUGUACGCCAUCAAGCGUGCCUUUAUGGACUUUGACGAAAAUGCUUUCUCGAAGACAUUCGGAACAUUCGCCCGGCCGCAUUUAGAGUACGGCAUACAAGCUUGGAGACCGUGGGCUGUUGAGGAUCAAAACUGCCUCGAAAGAGUCCAGAGGAGAGCCACAAAGAUGGUUAGGGGUCAAAGCUCCUUUCCUUAUGCGACCCGCCUAGUAAAUCUGAACCUCUUUCCUUUGAGUUACAGGCAACUUCGCGGAGAUCUCUUGCAAGCCUUCCGCAUUGUAAAGGGGUUGGAUUGCAGUCUGGCCUUCGAGGUCUUUUUUGAAUUUGCUACCAUGACCAACCUCCGAGGUCACCGGUUAAAACUGCGCACUCAGCAGGCACGGCUGGAUGAGCGGAAGUUCUCCUUCUCGGUUCGGGUGGUCAAACCAUGGAAUGAGCUUCCCGCAUAUGUUGUGAUGUCACCAUCUAUACAAAGUUUUAAAAAGAAUGUCGACAUAUUUAUGUUCCGAAAUGACCAAGAGCGAUGA